AUGGAUCUCUUCCUAUCUGUUGGCUCUCGAAACGUGAAUAUGACAAGGAAGAAUACUCAAACUCGGAACUCGGAACAUUCCAGAUCUCUGGUCAUCUCGAAUGCUAAGCCUUCAGGGCCGACAGCUCAAAUCGCCAGUGAUAAAGCACCAGCGGCGGCUAAGAUUGCCACCUCCGUACAGCCAUCGCUGACACCCCCCGGCAGUCGACGAGUGACUCUCUUGGGAUCGGAUGCACGUCAGAUGAACAGCACCGACCAAUUGGCACAGGAAUGUGCUCCGACACGCAUGACUUCGCCAGCAUCUGCUGUAGAGAGUAAAAGUUGGAAAACUUUCCAAUCCCGCCAACUAAGACCUAGCUAUCCACCAACAAGCUGGAGAUGUUGCGAGGACGACAGUGAUGAUGAACACAACACUGGGGGUAAUUUGGGCAGUGAACACAAACAGACGAGCUCCAAGGCGACUCAUCCAAAUCAUCUGAAUACCAACCAUGAGAAACACCCGACUGAGAUAUUACCAGGAGGAUUAACCAAGAGUAUUGCUUCACAUGAGGACCGGGGCAAGUGCUCGCUAUCUACAACCGAUUCUUUCAGUAGUCCUGCGUAUCCAGCGUUGGGGCCAGAAGACAACCUGCUUCCAGGUCAAACGGCGGACAUUACCUCUCGUGUUUCUAAGAUCAGUCUUGACCCACCAAGACCUUCACCACACAUUUCGGAAGCUCCCGUUUGCGGUAAAGCCACGGAAGCAACACCACGAGCUACGAGUAAUACUCGAGAAGCAAAGGCGUCGCUGUUACCGGACCCUGAGACUGCUUACGGCCAGAAAUUCUAUUAUACUGCCUGCCCUCAUGCAUCGCCACCAUCUUCAAGGCCCCUCAAUGUCCAACCUACUCUAGCUACAUAUCAAGAGGGUUUGCUCAGAUAUGCUCCAUAUCAUCUCCGUGUGCGUCCGCGCGAACAGGCUCCCGAAAUCUACAUCCUGGAGGGCGCUUGCAGUCAGUGUGAUCUAGCCGCUCGUCGGGAGGCGGAACUACGGGUCUUGAAUAAAUAUAAAUCCAAGGUUGAUGUCCUUUCAAUCAGAUUAUAUGAACUACAAGGUGACGUCGACCUUGACUCACCGACCUUACCUCGUGAGUAUUACCCUGGCACUAGCCAAGCCCUCGCACCUCCAAAUGCAGAGACUAACAAUACAGGAUUAGUUUUCACACCUGAAGUGAUUGAACAGAUCCUGUCGCUUGAGGCGGACUUGGAUUCACUCAUCAAGAGACGAGACCGGGAGAUCAAGUUCGUCUGGCGCGGAUAUACUGCACGUUGGGGGCCUGCAACUCUCGGGGUUUUCCGAACUAACAUCCAUGCAGUCACUCGUGCGAUGCAGAACCCAGCCAAGAGCAGUGCUGAAGCCACAUUUUCUCAAUCCACCAUCACAAGUGAUACCGAGUCAAUCAUGAGCACGGAGGCGAUAUCUUCACGUGGAUACCUAAACUCUAGCUCCUUUGCAGAUUCGUCAUCAGCCACGUCCUUCAGCAGCGGUACUGGUGCUACCGCCCCUUCAUCCACUCGCAGACAAUACAUCAUCCGGAACGGCAGCGUGAGCCCGCGCGAUACCCCGCAGUCACGCUACUCAAACGGCACACGCAGUAUUCCGUUACCAUCUCCCAUCGACAGUACCAAGCAAAACGGCAGGAUGCACAUCGACUGGGUGCGCCGAGAUUGUGGCUCGGCAGUAAUGCCAGUGAAGACAGCUCGUGGCCCAAAAGAAUAG